CGCCCCGCCUCCCCUCCGGCUCGGCCCCGCCCCUCCUCGCGGUCUUUGCGUCUUCCUUCCGGGUCGCGCUGGGCCGGCCUCGCCGUCGCCGUGCCGGAGCGCGGGACUCUGGGAGCCGCACCCGCGCCCGCGUCUCCCGGUGCCGCCUGGGUCGCUGGUGAACCCCACGGCGUGCACCUCUCCCGGACCCUGCAGGGUAAAAGAAUGUGACAUUUCAACAUUUGAACCUGAAAUCAGCAUGCAGUUUUCAGGCCACAUGGAUGAAUGCCAACUUUUGCAUUUCCUGUGUGUAUCCUGUGACCAUUCUCUCUGGGAACAUCCUUCAAAGAGUUCAUGCGUCUUACUGAGGACACCUGACCUUUUGAAGCUUCAUAAUUCACACCUAGAUGUCACCAGUCUUUCCCAUGUUAACAGUUCUGACCAUGUUUUAUUAUAUAUGCCUUCGGCGCCGAGCCAGGACAGCUACAAGAGGAGAAAUGAUGAACAGCCGUAGAACUAUAGAAUCAAACAGCCGGACUUCCCCUCUCAACGCAGAGGUGGUCCAGUAUGCCAAAGAAGUAGUGGAUUUCAGUUCCCAUUAUGGAAGUGAAAAUAGUAUGUCCUAUACCAUGUGGAAUUUGGCAGGUGUACCAAAUGUAUUUCCAAGUUCUGGUGACUUCACUCAGACAGCUGUAUUUCGAACUUAUGGAACAUGGUGGGAUCAGUGUCCUAGCGCUUCCUUGCCAUUCAAGAGGACACCGCCUAAUUUUCAAAGCCAAGACUACGUGGAACUUACUUUUGAACAACAGGUGUAUCCAACAGCCGUUCAUGUUCUGGAAACCUAUCAUCCUGGAGCAGUCAUUAGAAUUCUGGCUUGUUCUGCAAAUCCCUAUUCACCAAUUCCACCAGCUGAAGUAAGAUGGGAGAUUCUUUGGUCAGAGAGACCGGCGAAGGUGAAUGCUUCCCAGGCUCGCCAAUUUAAACCUUGUAUUAAGCAGAUAAAUUUUCCCACAAACCUCAUACGGCUGGAAGUAAAUAGUUCUCUUCUGGAAUAUUACACUGAAUUAGAUGCAGUCGUGUUACAUGGUACGAAGGACAAGCCAGUGCUUUCUCUCAAGACUUCACUUAUUGACAUGAAUGAUCUAGAAGAUGAUGACUAUGAAGAAAAGGAUGGUUGUGGAAUGGACAGUCUUAACAAAAAGUUUAGUAGUACUGCCCUCAGGGAAGGGCCAAAUAAUGGAUAUUUUGAUAAACUGCCUUAUGAGGGUGACUGGGAGAGGAUUGGAUAGCAGAGGCUGUAAGAGAU